AAUCCAUUGCAUUAUACAAAUUUGAAGUAUAUUCAACAUAUUCACAAGUAAAUAUCAGUUAUUACAAGAAAAUUAUCAGUUAUUACAGGAGUCGCAAUAGAUUAAUCUGUCGCAAUAUAUAUACACUAUACGGUACAUUGCCCACCGUCUAGGCCAGAGCCUAUUACUAGUACGACUGAUAUCCAAGCGGACGGACGUGUACCGUUUAAUUUUCUUCCGCGUACACAACCAUUGGCUACAUUUCCACCUACGAAAACAAUUCACAGUAAUUUGUGGUGGCAUAAAAAUGAAAAACCAAGGUGGCACACGCAUUCACUCUGGAGCCAUCAUCCUUCCACUUGGAUCAUUUUCAAAUUGGACUUGGGACAAUCAUGUUUCUUCGACACAUUGCCAUCGUCACCCUGUGUGCCGCGGUAGCCACCGGCGCCACGAACAACGCGGCAAAGGAAUGCUGGAGCAGAGUCUCGGCCACGUUGAAGCCGAUCUUUUCGUCGGAUGCCCUUGACUUGUGCACCAAGGAUCUCGCGGUGGCGGCGCCAUCGUGGUGGAGUGCUUUCUCAGAUGAUUUCAAGCAACUGUUCAACGCGUCCUCGAGCUUCUUCACCACGGGCAAGUUCACCACCCCGGCGCUCAAUGCUUGGAACAACUCCAAGGUGUGUCAACAAUGGUACGUCGGGGUUGAGGAUGCUAUCAAGAAGGUUGACCCGCCCUGUUCCAUUGCCGUCACCAACGCCACGCAAGUCGUCACGUCCAAGUGGAACGCCUCAAUCUCCGAGUUCAUGCAAGCUUUAGAUCAAUGGGCUGCCGAGGUGCCUCAAUCGAACGGCGUCACUACCAAAGCACCGUCCACCACAGCCAACGCUCCACCUUUGACAUCUUCUGCUCCUGUGACGUCUUCUGCUCCUGUGACGUCUUCUGCUCCUGAGAAAUCUUCUGCUCCUGUGGCCACCACCGCCGCGCCACUUCAGACCCGCACUGUGGCGUCUGCCGCGGCGGCGAUCGCCUAA